GCGCCGCGGGCUGGGAGCAAAGGUUGGUGCCUUCACACCCGGACCUUCGCCGGAGGGGCCGCGGCGUCAUGACGGUGGGUGCCAGGCUCCGCGGGCGCCGGGGGCGAGGGCGGCGGGCGGGGGACGAGGAGCCCAUCCUGGAGCAGCUGGAGCUGGACGACUCGGCGGCCGAGAGCACCGCGCGCCCGGGGACCCAGAGGAGCGCACGGCGGGUGCACCUGGCCGUCCUCCCCGAGCGCUACGAGCCGCUGGAGGAGCCGGUGGCCCCGUCCCCGGUGCCGGGGGACAAGCCCAAGCGGAGGUACCGGCAGAAGCUGAAGAAGUACGGCAAGAACGUUGGGAAGGCCAUCGCCAAAGGCUGCCACUACGUGGUCAUCGGCCUGCAGGGGUUCGCCGCCGCCUACUCCGCCCCGUUCGCCGUGUCCACCAGCGUGGCGUCCGUGGUCCGCUAGUGGGAGCCGCGAGGGCCCGGCGCCUGCAGAACCAGGAGGCCUCUGCUCUCGGAGCCCUGCAAAUCCGGAGCAUCGCGGACUUGAAGCCACAAAAUACCUGGAAGAAAAACAGUCUUUGCCUUUCGAAUCGGAUGCGUGCUGUGAAUGGGUCGUCUCUGCCCGUCUGCUGAGCGUUCUCACGCCUCUCUCUCUCUCUCUCUUGGACGCGGUGGCUCCGCUGGACAGUCCUGCAGAGAAUCAGGCUGAUGUGGGUUUGGGUCGGAGUUCAGUUUGCUCAGCCUGGAGCCUGGCAGGGCUGGCUGGUGUGGCGGCAAAGCCUCGCUCAGUGGGAGCACCGUGGUGACGAUGGGGAGGAGGGCUUGUACCCGGAGUGAGAAAAUUUGCUACAUUCUCCUGGGCAGGUCCCAGGCCUCCAGGCGCUCACAGCCCUUGGCGGCGGCGGCCCAGUUUGCUUCUGAAAUCAGGCCCCCCCAUCUCCUCCUCCGCCCUUUGUCACCAGGAGUUUAAGUUCGGGCUUGAGAAGAAGGAAGUGACAUCCCUUUGAAGGCCAUGACACUUUGGAGCUGGGUUGACGAUGCGUCGUGACUGUGUAAAGUAGAUCAACGCUUGUCCUUGUCAGAGUGACAUGAAUGUGCAGCGGGGGUGAGGGGAGGAGGAAGGGCAAGUUCAGGUGCAGGUGCGUGGUGGGAAAGGGUGGUGAGGGAGUGCUCCUGGGGGCUGGCCAGACUCACCUGCACGCAUGUGGCUGGUGAUGUCACGGGCCUCCUGACUCAGGCGCCAGCAGCAUCAGCUCAGCGUCUCUGGGCCAAGCCAUCGGAGGGACCGUUGUCUUGGGAGCGAAGGAGAUGCUACAUCUGGGAACGAAAGCGUAGGCUUUAGAGAAGGAACCGGUAAGUAGGAGACAGGCGCGGAAAGGAAGUAGAAACAGGACCAGAAGGAGGUUGGAGGAGAGAAGGGGAGAGUCAGGACCCAGAUCUGGGUUCUGGGCUUUGGGAAAUCUUCGCUGUGCUGGGCCUUUGGCUCCAGGAAGGAGCCCGGGGAAGCUUGAUGUCUUCUGAGUUCACGUUGUCUGCCUUGGUGGCAUCCUUCCCUCUUCCGUGCUGCCUACUCUGACCACAUCUCACCUGGACUCAAAGGUUAGGGUGAGCGUGGUCCCGACAACCCCCAGCAUGACCCAGUGGCUGAUUGGACCCCUGAAGAGGAAGGUGGAAGAAAGAGGAGGUCCCUCACCCCAUGCCCUCGGCCAGUUCCACCAUUGGCCACUGUCCCGACUUUGUUUCCAGAAUCUCUGAAACUCCAAAGUAGUUAUUGCUGUAGGAUCAGUGGCAACACCUACCUGUUGCCCCUAGAAGUUUCCAGGCCGUGCAAAGGAGGCCCUGAUGCUCACAUUUCAAGCCCAACCAGGUCGCACUGUGGAGUGGAGAAGGUGGGAAGACAGACAGACGGACAGAAAAGGAAAUGGUGGGGGAGAAAGUUGUAGCUGGGAAGCUAAGACUUGGAGGCUCAUGGUGAGUUGAACUUGGAUCCAAUGCCAGCAUCGCUAGUGUCUGUGAGGACAAGAGAAAUCGGAUGUUCUUGUUCAAGCCAAAGGAUGAAAGUUGGUCAUGGCACGUUUUCACACAUUAAGAAAUUAUGGCAUGCCUGGCCCCACUGGGAGCUGGGGGGGGGAGGGGGGGAAGGAGGGGAUGGACAGACAGACUGACGAUGAAUGGGGAAGAAAAAGCAAAGCAGUGUUUAGUGGGAGAGUUGAGCCU